AUCAAAAGCGUUUCCUGGGGAACUGGGAAAGGGAUAGAAUCGAUCCCACAGAAGAGCUCGAAUGGAGGAGCCAAAGACUGUGAUCAAAGAUUCUUCUUCAGAAGGAAAAGAUGCAAAAGCGCCCAAUCUUUUUGAGAGAGCGAAAGAAGAGAUAGAGGCUAUCGUCCACUCUAAUAAAUCACCACGCCAUCACAAAGAAACGCAUGGAAGAAGUGAUGAUAUUGACGAGACUACGCCAUCCGAUGAGGUAAAGGCUCCUGGAGUGUUUGGAAGAGUCAAGGAAGAGAUUGAGGCCCUUGUGGGAACAAUUCAUCCCAAGAAGGAUUCCGACAAUCAUUAGCUUUUUUUCAAAGCAAACAAGGGGGUUGACCAUGCUCGUGCUGUAAUAAGGUUUGCUUUCUUCAUUGAUGCUUUGUUUCUUAUGCCAUCUACAUAGUUAUUGGAAAAUAUCUUGUUUGAAGUCAAAUUGAUAUGAAAAUUAUACUAUUUCUGAUCUGUCCCCUAUGCUUUUUGUAGCAUGUAAUCCACAUUGAAAUACCAUUAAGGUGUUGACUAUUUGUAUAUAUUUACACAUAUUGAUUAUUGAACAGCAACCAACAUCUUCCUUCGUA